AUGAACUCAGAAUAUAGUGACGAUAAAUUAGUGUCCGAUUACAAGAAGAAAUUUGGUAAACAAGUUCAGCAUGUAUCUAAAGACGAUGAUAUUCGAAUUCAUACUGAUCGAUCAUUGUACGAUGAACUUGAUCAACGACAUUUAUUAAAACAUCCACGACAUCCUGUUGGACUUGGCUUUCAUUUAAUUCGAGACGGUCAACUCGGUCUAGCCAUGUUGAAUCAAACUCCAAUGUUUCUUGCUCCUGGUCGACAUACAUUCUGGUCACCAUUUGAUCAUCUUACAGGCGUUGCCAACAUUACUGACAAAUUGAUCACACUCGGCAACAUUCAGAUUGUUACAAUCAAUCAAGGUGAACUUGGACUGAGCCGUCGUAAUGGUGAAACUAUCCUACUCGAUCCAGGUCGAUAUGUGUUGAUAGCACCACACACGUUCGAAAAGAGUACAGAAGCCAAUGCACAAUAUAUUGAACUAGGUACCUAUCGACGAAUAACUGUGCCCAUAGGAUAUGUUGCUGUUGCAUUCGAUAUUGGCAAACAAAUUAUUAUUCGACCCGAAGAUACAGAAUCAGGUCCGUUCGAAACAAAUUCACCUACUUUUCUAUUUGACAAACAAACUGGCUUUCAAUCUGUACAAUUACAAGUGAGAGAACUCGACGAAUUGAAGGUCAACACCCGUGAUGGCAUUACGAUCACAGCCAGAGGUUUGAUUACCUAUCGAAUUCAUGAUCCUCGAGCAGCAUUUAUGACUGUACAAGAUAUUCAUGGUGCAGUAAAACGUGCCGCUGAAGCUACGCUUACUUCGUUGUUUCUCAAUGCAGCUAUUGAUGAAAUUGCCCCACCUGUACCGACAAAACCCAAGGAAAACGAGUUAAUCAACUUGAAAAUAGCAACUGAGAGUGAAAACUUUAAUCAACAUAUUCGCCAAGCAUUCAUUCAUGAUUUCUCUCAUAAAGUAAACCAGUGGGGUAUCGAUUUACAAGAUCUUAACAUUGAGAAACUCGAAUUUGAUAGCAGUGUUAAAGAUUUACUUCGUAAACGUGCACAAGCUCGCGUUGAAACAGCCACAAGUUUAUCCAAUAUGUGUUCUCAAACAGAUAUUGCUAUGCAACAGGCCAAUCGAGAAAAACAACAAGCUCAAAUUCAAGCUGAAGCUGAAGCAUUCGUAACUCGAACAAAAGCUGAUGCAGACUUCUAUGCAGCAGAGCGACAUGCACAAGCAGCGAAGAUAUUGCAGGAAGUACCUCUCUCAGCUCAACUCGAACUGAAACGCCUCGAUGUUGAAAUGAUUAAAGCAACAGGAGAACGAACAACAUUUAUGCCGCUGAAUAUGCGUAUAGGAGACAUCGGUAUGACAGACAAACGUAGCGGACAGAUGUAUUGGGCGUCGAGUGAUGCUACGAAGUUGUAA